AUGCGGUAUCAUUUUCGUCGACUCAUCUACUUUCUAAUAGCUUUACCGAUUUCCGUUAUUCUUAUUGAUCAUAUCUACAAUUCCAAUAUUCCAUCAGUUCAAUCUCGAUCUCCAUUCAUAACAAUUUUUCAUAGAAAUCAGACCUAUCGUAUACUUUCGCCGUCUUAUCAUUAUAAUUCCCGUGAAUCAUAUUUGAACUUUGCUUUCUUCAAUGUUGAACAACGUAAUCGAGUUCUCUACAUCGAUUAUCUAUAUGAUGUACCUGUUUCAUCUCAAUGGCAAUCAAAAGGUCAUCUAUAUCCAAUUCAAAUAGCGCAGUUCGGUCUGAGUCACUGGAGUCGAUUCAGACUUCAAUCUCAGAUCAAUCAACAGAACAUCUAUCAAUUUCAACACCUACAACCAAAUAAAGAUAAUCAAUGUUCAUCAUGGCAUCAAUUACCGAAAGAAAUUCCUGUUUUACAAACAUACAUUCAAUUUACGAUACCGUUGAACAGUUCUCUACAUUUUCAUUUUAUGAACAAUAACAUUGAACUUGUGUAUUCGUCACAGUUAAAUCGUGAUAUAGAUAUUUCAUCGAAAAUUAUUAUUCCGUUAGCGGGUUCUCCUCGUCAAGUCCGUCGACAUAUGCUCACUGAUAUUAAAAAGUUGAGCAGAAGAUCUCUUGUUGAUAAAAAUGAUUUAAUCCAGUUACAAUUCUGUGGUGAAUCUGAUUCAAUCAUCGAUCAAUUGAUAAUUGGCAAUCAAACUUUGUACGAUCAGCAAGCGUUCUAUUCAGCAGCACAGUGGUUAUUGAACACUCAAGAUAUGAUAUCCGGCUGUUGGUUUAUUCAUGUUCAACGAAAUUUUGGCCAACAAUAUCGUCUACGAGAUCCUUGGUGUUCCGCAAUGGCACAGGGUCAAGCAGCGUCUUUACUUGUUCGCCUCUAUGCACUCACAAAUAACUCGGAACAUUUGCUUGCCAUUCGUCGAGCAAUGCGACCUUUGUGGUCAUCGAACAUCAGUCGAGCUUAUUUUAAUGAUCAGUAUCUAUGGUUAGAAGAAUAUCCUCUCGAGCCACCAGCCAAGGGUCUCUUUGUUCUCAAUGGAUGUUUAUAUGCUUUACUUGGCAUCAUCGAUGCCAAUACAGUCGAUCGUCAACCUCAUCUGGAUAAACUAAUCGAUGAAAUAACACAUUCAAUAGCUCAUAUGCUUCCACACUAUGUCCAUCCGAAAAUUUCUAAUUGGUCAGUAUAUGAUCUAAGCCAUUUGACGAUGAAAAACAAGUUUAAUGCUGCCUCAUAUUCGUAUCAUCUUGUACAUAUUACCUUACUGCAAUGUUUAAGUAAGAUAUUGAAGGAGACGCAUCCUUCUGUUUCACAAGUAUUUCAUUUCUAUGCUCAGCGAUUUAUGACAGCUAUUUCGUAA